AUGGGAUCGUACAGUCGUUUCAUCGAUUUAUAUUGUCUUUAUCCAUGGUAUAUUCGGCUGAUUACAUUCAUUGUACACCUUAUUGCCAUUUUGUUCAUCUCAACAUUACAGAAAAUGGUUCGUCGACUGGAUACAUUGCCAAUGGUGAUAAUCUCGGAUGAAGGAUUGAAUAAUAGGAGGAAUUUUUUGAUGAAAUACAGACAAUCAUGGACAAAUUUAUGUAUAUUUAAUGCAAUGAUUUUUGGAUUAUGUAUUUCUGUUUUAAUCGAUACUGCAACAGGAUUUCCAUGGGGAUUGCUAUUGGCAACACUUAUAACAAUCAGUAUUGAAAAAUCAUCUGAUCGAUGUAUUCGAUGGAGAUUCAAGUUAACUCCUAACAUAAAUACGGACAUGGAUGCUAUAACUGUUUUAUAUCCUUCUACUAUCGGAAUUAUCGAACUCUUUUUUGUUGGUAUUUACCUUUUUGGUGUUCAUGUGUAUGUGUACUAUAAGUAUGCUGCUUAA